CUCUAUGGCUUUACAUGAGCAAGCAAAGCCAGUGCACAUCGCUCCUGCAAAAAACAACUCUGAUUAUUGUUAUGGCAAAAGGAGAGGGAGCCGAGCAUUUUUCAUCCGUCUUGUUACCUUCAACCAAACCUUUUAAUCAAAAUGAAAUCAAAAUUGCCAAGCAGGAGAGGAAAAGAGCUCUGACUGUGUGCAAUAAGUUGUGUUUUGCAAUUGGUGGGGCUCCAUAUCAGAUCACGGGCAGCGCCCUGGGCUUCUUUCUGCAGAUCUUCCUUCUGGAUGUAGCAAAGUUGGAUCCUCUCAAUGCUUCUGUAAUCCUGUUUGCGGGUCGGGCCUGGGAUGCAGUGACUGAUCCCACAGUUGGGUUUUUAGUAAGCAGAACCCCAUGGACACGCCACGGACGCAUGCUGCCCUGGAUUCUGGUGUCCACCAUGCCAGCUGUGUUGUGUUAUUUCCUGAUAUGGGUGGUUCCUCCUAUAGAGCAGGGCAAGAUAAUGUGGUACCUGCUCUUCUACUGUCUCUUCCAGACUCUCCAGACAUGUUUCCAUGUGCCAUACUCUGCUCUGACAAUGUUCAUCAGCACUGAGCAGAGUGAAAGAGAUUCAGCCACAGCGUACCGUAUGACUGUAGAGGUGUUAGGUACGGUAAUUGGCACUGCUGUCCAAGGGCAGAUUGUGGGCAUGGCCAACAGCCCCUGCAUUAACGGCACACCUCUGACUAGCAGCUCCAAUCAAUCAUUGCUGGAAAAUGUCACUAAGAUCACAGUGGAUGAUAAAAUAUUUAAUGAGAGGCGUGCAUAUAUGAUUGCAUCUGCAGUCAUAAGUUUGAUCUACAUUCUAUGUGCUGUUGUGCUGUUUCUUGGAGUGAGUGAGCAGGAGAAUGAGGGUGGUUUAAAAAAAGCACAGAGGCAUGCGUCAUUCCAGACCGGUCUGCGGUUGGUGAUGGGUCAUGGACCGUAUGUUAAACUUGUGCUGGCUUUCCUCUUCACCUCGCUGGCCUUCAUGAUGUUGGAGGGAAAUUUUGCUGUAUUCAUCAAGUACACACUGGGAUUUCGAAAGGAUUUUCAGAAUAUUUUACUGGCCAUAAUGCUGUCCGCCACUCUCACCAUCCCCAUGUGGCAGUGGUUUCUCUGUCGGUUUGGGAAGAAGACUGCCGUAUACAUCGGCAUCACAUGGGCGGUGCCCUUCAUGAUCCUGGUGGUGUGUGUAAAAAGUAGUCUCAUCGUAUCCUACAUUGUAUCCAUUGCAGCUGGUGCUAGUGUGGCUGCAGCCUUCCUCCUGCCCUGGUCCAUGCUUCCUGACGUGGUAGAUGAUUUUCAAGUCCAGAAUCCUGACUCUCACGGUCAUGAGGCUAUUUUCUACUCCUUCUAUGUUUUCUUCACCAAAUUUGCCUCUGGAGUGUCACUUGGAGUAUCAACAUUGGCAUUAAGUUUUGCAGGUUAUGUGACGGAAGGUUGUGUUCAGCCUGAUUCAGUGAAUCUGAUGUUGAAGAUGUUGGUAUCGGCUGCUCCUGUAUCACUCAUAGCUCUAGGGCUGCUCAUAUUUAAAGCAUAUCCCAUCGAUGAAAAACGCAGGCAGUACAACAACAAACAACUGCAGCUGCUACUGCGGCGAAGUGACGACCAAGUCUCAGAAAUGGAGGCCUUACAGCCUGAACUCAAAGCAUAAAAUACCAGGGAUGGCUAUUCCCUGCUCUGGCCUACAGAGGGGGCCAACAUACAUCAUAACCACAGCAAAGAGGAAAUCAGUCAGCUGAACUUUUAGAGAGAACUUUCCUCACUCAGCUGGUUAACUGGACCAAUGGAGGAUAGAGAUAAACCUUUAUAUAUCUGCAUUACCAUCCUGAAUCUGCAUAUUUACACAACCUUAACAACUACAAGGCACUUUUUGCUGCUUUCUAACAGCUCUUCCUGGUGAACAAAGGGAAGCUUAUAAAGCGAGAUAAAUAUGACGUUCAGAUUUGGAAUAACCAUACACUAACACAUCAGCUUGCAACUCUCUUUUCUUGUUUCUUGAGAUGUUGGAUUCACAUUAUUAAAUGUUAAGGAGUUGCAUUUAUCUUAGAAAAUCUUUUUCAAAAUUGUGAAUUAUUAUUAUUAUUAUUAUUAUUAAUAAAUAUAUAUUAUUGUUGUUAUUAUUAUUAUUAUUUUUAUUUUUAUUUUUUAUUUUUUUGUACUAAUGGGAUUUUGGGGUUAAAUUGAAAAAAAAAAAUCUCUUUCCACUUCUUUAAAGAUCUGAAACCCUUGUGCUCUGUGUAGGCCAAUUUAUUAGACUGAAGAUGACACUUUAUAGUUCGAGCCAAUUUUUAUGAUUCUGUAUUUAUUUAUUGUGUCUUAAACUGAGCAAAAAAAUGAUGAGAUUUGCUAAAACCUGAUCAAAUGAGAUUAUAGCAAUUCACAUAAAUUAAUGUAUUUCUUUACUGCAGUCACAGCUAAUGGGACAUCAAUUCUCUGCAUGUACUCAGCUGUGCCAAAGGAGUCAAUAAGAAUAUCUGUAACAGACUACAGCAACAUUUAGAUGAAGGCUUUAAUUUUCAUUUGUGCAGUUUUUUUUUUCCAUCAUGAUUUUUCUGCAUUUCUUUUUUUUUCUUUUUUUUUUUUUUUAUAAAUGUUUGUGUCUUUGUGUGUGUGUGUGUGUGUGAGAGAGAGAGAGAGAGAGAGAGAGAGAGAGAGAGAGAGAGAGAGAGAGAGCGCGCGAGAGAGAGAGAGAAAGAGAGAGAGCGAGAGAGUGAGAGAGAAAGAAAAGUGUUUGAGCACAUGAAGCAAUUUUAACUGUUUCACUAACUGUUAAGACCAUAAAUAAUGAUUAUGAAUCUAUAAAUAAUAUUGUGAGUUCUCCUAGGUACUGAGGGUUAUCUAGAAAGAAAUAAGCUAUGGGCAUUGUGUGGUGCAUAGCUGUCUGUAAUGUGUUAUACCUGCAGUCUUCAUCUCCCUGUAAACUUAAGAGAUGAAAAUGAAGCUGGAAUAUUUUCUCUAUAGUUUUAUGUCUGUAGAAAUUGUCUUGUUUUGUCCAGCGAAUGAAGGUUGUAAAAUGUAAAGUGUUAAUAGAGAAACAGUUUCUCUCAAAACCUCAAACCCUAAGAACACUACACAACUACAAAAACAUGUAUAAUAUAUGUAUCCUUAAUUGUAUAGCCUGACACAUUUGUUUUGGGGGCUUAAAAACGGCUUUAUUGUAUGUAAUUUUACUUGUUUUGAUGUGUCUUAAAUAUUAUGCAUAAAACAAUAAGUGUGAGGAAUCAGUGAAGUUUA